CAUCAUGGCUGCCUACCGGCCCGGGGUGCUCAUGGGCAACUGGAAGGAGGAGGCGUGCCUGGAGGAGGAGCGCCUGAGGGACUUCAUGCAGAAGAGAGAACGGGGAGAACUUCUAACGCAGAAAAUCAACAGACUGAAGGAUAACCUUUUAAAGAAGGUGCAGCUGUCGGUGUCUAAGGAUGGAUUCGUUUGCUUUGGAGACACGGUGAUGCUCCUGAGCCCGGGCAAGGAGCCCUCAGUGCAGCGUGAUGUUGAGGCACACGGUGAGCUGACGCUGGCAGUUAACCUGGAGGAGGUGUCCAUCUAUUCGGCUGUGGCUCUGCAUGCACCCUGCACACUGAGUGCCAUCACCACCACCAGCCCUGUGGGAAGGAACACGUUCUGUAUUUUAAGCGUUGAUGGAGAAUCAGUGGGUGAACCUGUUAAAUUUGGGCAAAAGUUUGGUCUUGGAACAACAGGAGGGUUUUCUGAUCCAAUGUUAUAUCUAGCAAGUGACCAUAAGUCAUUUAUGAGGUUUGCCAAAAAAUCUUACCUUCAGCAAGUAUUUUUGACAGAUGAGCUUUCCUAUUUGACGUGCUGGCAAGCAACCUUCUUGGAUCCACAACUGCGUCUUGAAUAUGAAGGAUUUCCCAUUCCUGCAAACUCUAAACUGAUUAUUACUCAUUGCCAUACUAAUAGAAGUUUAGCUGUUCCAAGGAAUUUUUGGACAAGGUCUUAUUUUGGAAGGGAAUAUGAAGUAAUUUGUCACACUUACCUGGACUCCCAUCGAGUUGAAGAAGACAAGAAUUACUGGGUAAUAGUUACAGGAAAUCCUGGUGACGAGGGUGGUACAAUGCUCCAUAGACCUGAACCUCAGCCAGGAGGAAAAGGAAAGAACGAGUUUCAUGAAGAGACAACGUAAAAAUCCCAGAUUCCAACUGACAGAGAUUGCUUAGAUUCUGAUUCUUAUUUUUCUGAUUUUCACAUUUUAGCAUUUGAAAUGUUUAU